AUGGCUGCUUUUGCAGCUAUACUUGCUGCAGCAACAACAACUAUUGCAGUGGGAGAAUAUUACAGUAAUUACUUAUUUAGGACACCCUCAAGAUUUGGGGACUAUGAAAGAAGCAGGAUAAUAAAUGGGAUAAUUAGAGCGGGUGACAAUGAGUGUGUUGCACAACUCAGAAUGAACAAAGCCACAUUCUUCAAUCUAUGCUCGUUUCUCAAUGAUAGAAAUCUCUUUCUUGAUGGGAAACAUGUUUGUAUGGAAGAACAACUUGUCAUGUUCCUUCAUAAAGUAGGGAAUAAUGUGAGAAACCGUGUCAUCAGGCAUCGGUUUAUAAGAUCUGGAGAAACCGUAAGUCGAUAUUUUAGUAAAGCUUUGGAUGCUAUUGUUGGACUAUAUCCGGAGUUUGUAAAACUCCCACGUGCGGAAACACCUAUCGAGAUUCUAGUCAAUCCUAAUUGGAGCAUGUACUUUCAUGACUGUAUUGGUGCAAUUGAUGGCACCCAUGUACCCACCUAUGUGCCUGCAUUGGAAGGUGCAACCCACCUUAACAAAAAAGGGGUCCUCUCUCAGAACGUAAUGGCCGCGUGUACAUUUGAUCUGAUGUUCGUAUAUGUGCUCGCCAGAUGGGAGGGAUCUGCCUCUGACACACGCGUCUUAUAUAAUGCAUUGACAUAUUCCACUGAUCGUUUUACUAUCCCCGAGGGUAAAUGCUACGUAGUUGAUGCUGGUUACGCUUCACCUGGAUUUAUGGCUCCUUACCGCGCUAUAUUUGGAGUACUUAAAGCUCGGUUUCCGAUCCUCAAAUCAGCUCCACCAUACAAUCUUCUAACACAAGUGAAGAUAGUGAUCGCAUGUUGUGUGCUACACAACUUUAUUCGUUUAUUUAGAGGAGAUAGUUUAAUCGAAGAUGAAGUCACCUCAACGGAUGUAAUGGAGAGUAUAGAUCUGUCACCAUAUGAGGUUAAUGUCACACAACGUGAAAAGGACGAAUGGGCGACAUUUCGAGACAAUAUUGCUUCGAGGAUGUGGAAUGAAUCUCAUCUUGUGAGUCAUAGCGUAUGA